GCCUUUGCUGUGCUGUCUGAACCACCGGUCACCGUUCACUAGCCACAACUUGCCAUUUUUCCUCUGCUUUUUUCUUUUUUCUUUUUCUUUUUUUCACUUUUCGAAUUCCUUUCAUUAUUUUCUUUUUGGUGGUCCUCCCCUUCUGAAAUUCUUUGGUACAUUUAUCGCAAUGUUGAACAGCUUUAUCUCCGACAAUGCAAGGAGCUAAAAGGGGGAAGGGUAGCAGGACAGCAGCUUCUCUCUGACACUCUGACCGUAAACAACAGCCGAACAAGACAUCUACUAUGUGCAAUUACCUCGGAGGGGAAAUGAUAAUGUGGAGAACACAGUCCACUUCUCGUACUCUCUGCCUUAGUGCUUUAAGGGUAAAGAACAUGGCUUGAUCAUUACGAGUAGAUUUGUCGCCAGUCAUGAAGGGACAGCUAAUUACAUCCGCGUUACUUUCUCUUUGCCUUUCUUCAUGUUCUGGCUUCCAAGAAGUGAACGUUGCAAAGAAAGGUCAGUGCGUUCAUGAUGCAGAUAACGUGCGAGGAAAGGAUGGAGGGGAAAAGAUGGAGAUAGGCUGUUGGAGAUGCAAUGAGGAGGGGCAAAUCAACCUGCAGCGAUCGUCGAGUAAAAAAAAAAAGAGGAGAAAAAGAGCGGAGACUGUUCAUUCUUCUCGACAUACUACGGAGUAGGGAUCUGAUGACAUUGACCCUUUUUUUUUUUUUUCUU